AUGUCUUCUCAAAACCUGGAUUACGAAUCGUCUUCUACCUUCGAAGACGACGACUUCGACGUGACCUCGGUACCCGGAACACCCCUGUCCAUUGAGAACGACGCGUCCCCCGAGCCUGUGGCAUCCUUGCCACCUCAGUCCCCUCAAACUGGUCCACCUCAGUCCAUUCCAGAUGAUAAAGCUCAGAACUACCGGAUUGAUCAAGAAUAUCACUGGCCUUUCGUCCGAUUCGCGGUACAAGGGAACUUGGUUCAACUUCCAGCAGACCUAUUCCUGAAGCAUUCGGAUACGUUUGCCGACAAGGUCGGUACCGCGCUGAAGAAAGUCUCGAAGGACUCGGAGGACAGUGGCACCCCUCCGACCAUCGAACUCGACAGCGUCGACUGGGAGGAUUUCAGAGACUUUCUGAAGGCUUUGGUUCCCAGAUCCCCGUUCUUGGAAAGCAAGCCCUCUCUCACUCAAUCGGAGUGGGUUUCGGUGCUCAAGCUGUCCACACUGUGGCUGUUCAAAGGGCUACGCAAGGUGGCCAUCGCCGAAUUGUCCGAGAUCGACAUGGAUGCGGUUGAACGUGUUCGGCUGGCUAAGGCCUACGACGUCUGUGACUGGCUGCUCGGCGGAUACGAGGCAUUGGCGGAGAGGGAGGAGCCACUCACCGAGGAGGACGCAGGGAAGAUUGGGACUGCAACUGCGUUGAAGCUGAGCGCUGUCGCACUUCGUCGACUUCGAUGCAAGCUCCGCGGCGAGGACGUCAGCCCUAUGAAGAUCAAUCAGCUUUGCGGAGACGACAUUUUGGAAACGUUCUCAGAUGAGAUUAGCCGCGUUAAGGCGUCCGAAGAGCGCCACAUGACAGACGCUGACAUUCUCGAGAGGACUGAGAGGGAGAGGCGGGAAAGGGAGGAGAGGGAGGCAAGAGAGAUGGCCGACAUGGAGAGGAUGAAAAGGGAGACCGCGGAAAGAGAGAGGCUGGAAAGAGAAAGAGUGGAACGGGAGAGGGCAGAACGGGAGAGGGUGGAAAGAGAGAGGGUGGAACGCGAGAGGGUGAUACGGGAGAGAGAGGAACGAGAGAGAGUAGAAAGAGAGAGAGCGAGGAGAAUUGCUGAGGAACGGGCCAGGCAGGAGCGUGAGGAGCGUGAGGAAUUGGAGAGAAUUAGGGAGGAAAGGCAGCGAAAGGGAAAAGGAAACGUGAAGACCCAGAGUCAAAUGGGAGGCGGUGAACAACAGAGAUGGAUAUAUCAAGAACGCACUUCUCAGAAUCAGCGUCCACCAGCAGCCGUAUCCAAUGGUUCGAACAGGAAAACCGCCGCCAGCCUGAGCCUCGAUCUAUGGUAG